AUGUCUAUUAACGAGGAAGACUACCUACAACUUGAAGAAGAAGUCAAUUUAGACGAUAUUGAUUUUUCAGAUUUAGAAGAAAAAUACGAUGCAGAUUUUGGAUUAGACAAUUAUAUCAUCGUCGAUGGAGCACCAAUAGCACCAGAAUCAAAAGUUCCUGUUUUAUUGAAAGUCCUUAAAAAAUUAUUCAGCAGUGCUGGUGAAAUAGUCGAAGGAGAUGAAGGUAUCCACAUGCCAUUAGAAAAUGGUAAAUCAAAAGGAUUUUUAUUCAUUCAAUAUAAAACUAAUGAAGAAGCAGAUUUAGCUAUUAAAAAAUUACAUGGAAAAAAAUUAGAUCAAAAUCAUAGAUUAUUAGUUAAUAAAUUAUCAGAUAUUGAAAAAUUUGGUAAUAUAAGUAAUGAAUAUCAAGAACCUAAAAUUGAACCUUUUAAAUCUCAUGGUUAUUUACAUAAUUGGUUACAAGAUGAUCAAGGUAGAGAUCAAAUAAUAUUACAUUUUAAUGAUACUGUUGGAAUUUAUUGGAAUAAAAAAUCAAAUGAACCUGAACCAGUUGUUGAUCCAAGAAAAGGUUUUACUUCAAAAUAUGCAAGAUUUUCACCCAAGGGUACUUAUUUAUUUUCAAUUCAUCCUCAAGGUAUUCAAUCUUGGGGUGGAGAAGAUUUACAUAGUAUAAAAAGAUUUUAUCACAAUCAAGUAAGAUUAAUUGAUUUUUCUCCAAAUGAAAAAUAUAUGGUUACCUUAUCACCAGUUCCUAUAUCAUUACCUGAUUCAGCAAUUGAAAGACAACAAUUCCCAUUUGGUCCAGAAAGUGAAGGUCAUAAAUUAGUUAUAUGGGAUAUGAUAACUGGUGAACCUGUUAGAACUUUUGCAUUACCACCACAUUUAGAAAAUCAAAAAGAAAUGCCAUGGCCAUUAGUUAAAUGGUCAUAUGAUGAUAAAUAUUGUGCUCGUCAAGGUCCAGAUGCUUUAGCAAUUUAUGAAACUCCAAGUUUUCAAUUAUUAGAUAAAAAAUUAGUUAAAAUUGAUGGUAUUCAAGAUUUUGAAUGGUCACCAGCAGAAGUUAAAUUACACAAUAAUAAAAAUGAUGAAGGAGAUCAUAUUUUAUCAUAUUGGACUCCUGAAAGUACAAAUCAAACUGCAAGAGUUGCUAUAAUGCAAAUUCCAAGUAGACAAGUAUUACGUACAGUUAAUUUAUUUCAAGUUAGUGAUUGUAAAAUGCAUUGGCAAAGUGAAGGGAAAUUAUUAUGUAUUAAAGUUGAUAGACAUACAAAAUCAGGUAAAACAAUUUUUUCAAAUCUUGAUUUUUUUAAAGUUAGUGAAAAAGAUAUACCAGUUGAAAAAUUAGAAUUAAAAGAUGUUAUUGUAAAUUUUGCAUGGGAACCAAAAAGUGAAAGAUUUAUAACAAUAAGUAGAUUAGAUGAUGGUAAUCCAAAUCCUGCUAUUCCUAAAAAUACUAUAACAUUUUAUUCACCAGAAACAACAAAGGGAAAAAAUGCAAGUACUAAAUAUAAACCUUAUAAAAAAUUUGAAAAUAAACAUUCAAAUACUGUAAUUUGGUCACCAAAAGGUAGAUAUGUUGUUGUUGCAACAAUUUCAAGAUCAUCAGGAGAAAUUGAAUUUUUUGAUGUGUCAUUUGAAGAUGAUUCUUCAAAAAAGACAAGUUCAACAAAUGUUAAAUUAUUAAAAACUGAUAAAUAUUCAGGUAUGACUAAUAUAUCAUGGGAUCCUUCAGGAAGAUUUGUAACAGCAUGGUCAUCAGCUUGGUUACAUGCUAUUGAAAAUGGUUAUAGAUUAUAUGAAUUUACAGGAAAUUUAUUAAGAGAUGAAUCAAUUGAUCAAUUUAAUGAUUUUAUAUGGAGACCAAGACCUGAAUCAUUAUUAACAAAUAAUGAUAAAAAGAAAGUUCGUAGUAAUCUUAGAGAAUAUUCAGCACAAUUUGAAGAAAUUGAUGCAAUGGAAGCUGAUGCUGCAGUUAAAGAAGCUAUAUUAGCUAGAAGAAAAGCAUUAGAAGAUUGGAGAGCAUAUAGAGCUAAACAUGUUGGUAAAAAAACUAAAACUAAUGAUGUUCAAGCUGAAAUUAUAGAAGAAAUUAAAGAAGAAAUUAUUGAAGAAAAAGAAGAAAUUGUUGAAUAG